AUGCCGUCCAACCCCCAGAACACCCUCGCCCUCAAGACGGCGGCGCUGUCGUCGACGAAGACAUUGUUCCAGAUGGCUUCGAGCCUGAGGAAGCGUUUGCGUAACCUUGACGACUUUGCCCCCUUCCUUGAACAACCAGAGGGCCAGUCUCUCGACGUCGUCGCGCACAUGCUGCACGUCCUCCGCCUCGGAUCGUCGCUUUGCCACGUCUACAAUGCCCUCAUUCCCGCCUUCACAUCACCAUCAUCACCCCUCUAUGCCGACCUCCCCGCCCCACCCCAGCUCGAGUACGAGUUCCCCAACUUUAUCGAGUCUCCACACGGCGUCCGCAACUGGGCAAAGAAGCCAGAAAACGCAAAGGUGUGCCAACGGUACAUCUACGCGUUCUGCACCCAGAUGAAGCAGCGCAAGGACGAGGGCCGAUGGUACGGUGACUCAUGGGCCAUUCAUGAGCUUUGGGGACGAACAAAAGGCGACGAGAGCGAGUGCGAGAACUAUGACACGACUGGUCUCAUGAAGGUCUUCCAGACCGUCGAGGCCAUGCUCGACCACCUCCCAGACUCGGCCAUGUCGCCAGUGUCUCCCACACCCACCACCCCGUUUGGCUCGUCCCAGUCAAUCUCCGCUGUCAUAUCACCCAUGACCACAAUGAGCGGACACCAGACUCGACUCUCGUACCCCGACGGCAGCUAUGCCUCCAUCAACAGCAGUGGCACGUUGGUUAACAUCAACCACAGUUCCGGAGGCAUGGACGAUCCGCAGUCCAAGUCGGCAUCGGUCGAGCAUCUGCACAUGCCAGCGAACGACUUGACUGCGGACAAGACGUCCAACACAGCGUUCAAGACGGUCCAGGAGCUCGUCAACUCUGAACGUUCCUACGUCCAGGAGAUUGAGAUCCUCGAGCGCUACUCGGUCGAGAUCCUCAACGCCGACCUUGUAUCCCCAGAAACGGUCUACUCGAUCUUCUCAAACCUCCGCCAGAUUCUCGAUUUCCAGCGCAAGUUCCUCAUCAAGUUGGAAACAGAGUUUGAGCCAAUCGACGAGAUGGGCCCAGAGGCCUGGACCGAGGGGCGAUGGGGUCGUCCAUUCGUCGACAUGGAGAAGGAGUUUGCUGUGUACGGACCAUACUGCGCCAACUUUAUGGACGCCCAAAACGUCGUCCAGAGCAUUCACGCGCACCUGAUGAUGGGCAUGGAUCUCCCAGAAGGGCGGCGUCCUUGCCUCAACCCUGCGACCGAACUGCAGGCGUUCAUGAUCAAGCCCAUCCAGCGCAUCACCAAGUACGGGCUGCUCCUGGAUGCGAUCCAGCGCGAGGCAGUCAAGCACGACUACCGCUUCCUCUCUGAGCUCCAAGACGGUAUCGAGGCCGUCAAGCGUGUCACCAUCGACAUUGACGAGACGACAGCGUACAAGACCAAACAGGCCACUGUCCGCGACCUUGUUGCGCGCGUCGAUGAUUGGAAGGGCCACGAUUACGAGCGCUUCGGCGACUUACACCUCGACGGAGAGUUCACCGUCACCAAGAACGACACGCCAAGAGACUACCAUGUCUUCCUCUUCGAGAAGAUGAUGCUAUGCUGCAAGGAGGUCAUGCCAGACAAGAAGUCGAAGAGUGGCAAGAACAACAACAUGCUCCGCAAGGACAAGACUGCCAGCAAGGGCCAGCCACCACCCAAGCCCAAGCUCUCGUUAAAGGGGAGGAUCUUUGUUUCCAACAUUACGGACGCGAGGUUAUUACCAGCGGGAGUCGACGAGCCGUUCGCGCCUCCAAAGGUGCGCAUCAUGUGGUCGGUGCCAACCACUCGGAAUAACAACGAAGAAUACGUGGUCGAGGACGCUUUCAUCAUGACUGGACGCAGCGAGGACCAGGUCAAGAAGUGGGCCGAGAAGAUUGUCGAGCUUUCGGCCAAGGCGCGCCAGGACCAGUCGACACAGGAGUACAUGCGUGCUCACCGCUCGCAUAUGCGCACCGACUCACAUUCACGGUUGUCGGACUCGCAGCGAACGUUCUGGUCAUCUGGGUUCGCUCCGACAACGCCAGGCACCGAGCACGCAACGUUCUUUGCGCCUCAAACACCCGCGCAUCCCGGUUACAACACGCUCCACGACGAGGACGAGGACAACGACGAGCAUCGAUCAUCACAACAGGACUCGCUCAAUGGCCUCGCCAUCUACGGUGUUCCAGGUGUCCCCUUCCCGUCCGCAAACAGGAGGGCGCAGAGCCAGCAGUCGAUCCCGCCAGCGGCACAAGCAGAACUGCGCAUGCGCGCGAUGACGGAGGACCAGAACGGGCCAAGUAUGACUCAGUGGAGGCAACAUGCUCCACCCGUGCCUCACCUCCCUUCCGGUUCUGUCGCCAGCGAUGCUUCGUGGGGCCACAGCGCUGGACAGUCGUACCGCCGGCAGCCUAGCCAGUCUGGCGGUGACGACGUCUACGGCGCCCCUAAUGCCUACGGGCGCUACGACCAAUACCCUGGGCGCGGACCGCGGCCACCACUUGUCAAUAUGCCACAACCCCUACGCAACCGCAGCACAUCGUCGCCUAAUGUCUACCAACCAAACGAGGCACCUCUGCCACCACUGCCACACAGCGCUGCUCUCAACGGCAAGUGGACCGGAGCCAACGGAACCCCGUAUCCAACGGGUUCCUCGUCGUCGUCCUCGACUGGGUUGGCCUCGGCACCUCCUGGUGGCACGGCCAUGUUCAAUCGCCGCAUGUCGGUUGGCAAGCGUUCGAGCCAGGAGUCGGAGACGACCGAGACCUCGGAGACGUCGAGCGGAUCACCACGCACCCCAUACACCAACGAGCGGCCAGGCGAGCCCCGGGGUGCCACACCAGUCUCGCGUCAGAACAGCCAGGACGCACCAUCAUUGGUGUACAUCAAGGUCCGCUCUGGCGACGCCAACUUUGUCAUCAGCAUGCCAUCGGACUCGUCGUUUGGCACGUUGCGUGAGAAGGUCGUCAAGAAGUUGCGUCUGUGCAGCGGACGCCACAGCUCUGACGGCGUCGACAAGUUGAUCAAGAUCAAGUGGCUCGACUCGGACGGCGACGAGAUUGCGAUCAAGACUGACUCGGACGUCCAGGUCAUGCUCAUGGAGAGCACCGAAGGCCAGAUCCAGCUGGUCGCCUUCUGA